GAUAGCUUCACAAGGCUUGUGCUCCAGUUCCCCUCCUCUUCCAAGUUGCAACCAAAUACCGCACACAAUAUACACACCUUUCUCUUGUACUCGCUGCACUGCACUGCACAACCGAGGGUCUCCAAAACCUUCGCAACAGAGCCUUCGAACAUGGAUGAUACAGAUGACCCAAAACAAAGCACUGCUGAUAUGACUGCUUUUGUACAAAAUCUUCUUCAACAGAUGCAAUCCAGGUUCCAGACAAUGUCCGACUCCAUCAUUACAAAGAUUGAUGAGAUGGGCGGCAGGAUCGACGAGCUGGAGCAGAGCAUCAAUGACCUCAGAGCUGAGAUUGGAGUGGAAGGAUCACCAUCUCCUUCAGCCUCGUUGAAGCCAAAUAUAGAGCCCAAGCCAGCGGAUGAUUCAGCCAAGGAGUAACUAUGUCAUGCUGUGUUAGUACUUGUUUUAAUCGAUAGGAUGUGUUUACCGCCUGAUUUUGAGUGUUCGAUUUGUUGUUUUUGGUUCGAAACUAUCCUGUAUGGAUUAUAUCUCGGAGCAGAUCUAUACUCCAUGGAUUUCUGAACAUGACCAAAUUUGAUUCUCAUUUUCUGUC